AUGGGUGAAUAUUCAAAAAGUGAGUGUUAUUAUAAAAUAGCUAUUGAAUCAAUUAUGAAUGUUGACGAUGAAACAUUAGGUAUAAUAUAUAAUAACAUUGGAGCUCCAUAUUUGUAUCGAAAUGAUCCGGAUACUGCAUUUGAAUACUACAUGUUAGCGUUGAAUCUGAAACAGAAAAAAUUAAUUCCUCUUGAUGAACAAUUAGCAGCGUCUAUUUAUCAUAACCAAUCAAUUGAAGCAUCUUAUCAAAACGUUGUGAAUGUUUUUCAUAAUUUAAAAAACUAUUAUUCAGCAUUGACGAAUUUUGAAUUCUCAUUACAUAUUAAGCGACCUUUACCAGAUCCGUAA